AUUCUAGAAAAUUCCGGUACGGAAGAGUGCGGUGAACCGGCGAUCGCUCGCGUGCGGCUGCGAUUGAUUGUGUGAUUGUCACUCUGCGCUCAUACAACGUGUUUAAUUUAUCUUGCAAGUGCAAUCUUCUGUGAAAAAUUAUAAUUGUUUACUUACGACUGCAAUAAAAUAAACAUUUUCCUUAGUUAUGGCUGCAAUGUCUGUCAUUGGUAUUGAUUUCGGUAACGAAUCUUGUUACAUCGCGGUUGCAAAAGCAGGUGGUAUUGAAACAAUAGCCAACGAUUACAGUUUAAGGGGUACUCCAUCAUGUGUGGCCUUCUCACCAAAGAACAGAAUAUUAGGUGUAGCUGCGAAAAACCAGAUGGUUACGAAUAUGAAGAACACUGUAUUUGGCUUCAAAAGACUUCUUGGAAGAAAAUUUUCUGACCCACUGGUUCAAAAAGAGUUGAAACAUUUCCCAUUUAAAGUUGAACAGAGACCUGAUGGGGGUAUUGGCAUAAGAGUCAAUUACCUCGGAGAAGAUAAUGUCUUUAGUCCUGAGCAGAUAACUGCAAUGUUGUUUACAAAAUUAAAAGACAUAGCAACAGUUGCCCUGCAAACCCAAAUUAAUGACUGUGUCAUAUCUGUGCCCAGUUAUUUCACCAAUGCUGAAAGAAAUGCUCUUCUUAAUGCAGCUUCUAUUGCUGGCCUCAAUGUGCUCCGCCUAAUGAAUGAAACUACAGCCACAGCAUUAGCUUACGGUAUUUACAAACAGGAUCUCCCAGCACCAGAGGAAAAGCCACGCAAUGUUGUCUUUGUUGAUUUUGGACAUAGUUCCCUGCAGGUUGCAGCAUGUGCUUUCAACAAGGGCAAGUUGCGCGUUUUAGCUACUGCAACAGACCCUCAGUGCGGUGGGAGAGAUAUAGACAUGGCCUUGGCUGAACACUUUUGCCAAGAUUUCUUGACUAGAUUCAAGCUGGAUGCAAGAAAAAAUCAAAGAGCUUUCCUUCGUCUCCUACAAGAGGUCGAAAAGCUGAAAAAACAGAUGUCUGCUAACAGCACCCGUUUGCCCUUGAACAUUGAAUGCUUCAUGGAAGAACGAGAUGUUUCUGGUGAUAUGCAGCGAACUCAGAUGGAACAACUGAGUGCUGAAACAUUUAAUAGAGUUGAGAGAACCUUGAGGGAUCUGUUACAUAAUGCAAAACUAAGACCAGAAGAUAUCUAUUCUGUAGAGAUUGUGGGUGGAUCUACCCGUAUUCCUGCUGUCAAAGGAUUGAUUGAACAGGUUUAUGGAAAAACUGCAUCUACUACUCUAAACCAGGAUGAGGCGGUGUCUCGCGGUUGCGCCCUGCAGUGUGCGAUGCUCAGCCCUGCGGUGAGAGUGCGCGAGUUUAGCGUCACCGAUGUUCAGCCCUACGCCGUACAUCUCGCUUGGGACGCUGCCCGCGGCGAGGAUGGUGACAUGGAGGUGUUUCCGGCAUUCCAUGCAGCCCCUUUCACAAAGAUGUUGACUUUCUAUAGAAAAGAACCUUUCUCAGUCAGUGCUUACUAUUCUGGCCAAAUCCCCUUUCCGGAUACUUUUAUUGGUCAAUGGCACAUUAGAGAUGUCCAGCCGACUGCUGAAGGAGAAUCACAAAAGGUUAAAUUGAAAGUCCGUGUUAACAUUAACGGGAUCGUUACCGUAGCGUCGGCCUCGCUGGUUGAGAAGAAACAGGAUAACGCUCAAAACGAGAACAUUGAAAUGGAGAACUCUGAGAAUACACCACAAGAGGCCCCCAUGGAGACUAACGGCGGGUCCCAAGAGUCCCAACAGAACGGUCCAGAAAACCAAGAGGUGAGGCAAGAUGACACGGGGGACGAGCCGCAACAAAAACAAUCGUGGACACAGAGAGUAGGCCAGUGGUUCAGCGGGGAAAACGCUGACGACAAAAAGGACAAAUCAAAAGAGAAAACUAAGAAAGUAUUAGUGAAAACUGUUGAAUUGCCCAUAGAUGCUAGAACUCAUGGAUACACUCAGCAGGAACUCAAUACCUACAUGGAACAAGAGGGUAAAAUGCAAGCCCAAGACAGACAAGAGAAAGAGCGCGCCGACGCCCGCAAUGCUCUAGAGGAGUAUGUGUACGAGCUGCGAGGCAAGCUGUCGGAGGGCUCCGCGCUGCACGAGUUCGUGGCGGACGAGCAGCGCGGCCGGCUCGUCAACCAGCUCGACGCGCUCGAGCAGUGGCUCUACGACGAGGGCGAGGAUCAGAACAGACAGGUGUACAGUGACAAGUUAACAGAGUUGAGAACCGAAGGCGAGCCCAUCAAACAAAGGAGAUUAGAAUUCGAGCUUCGCCCUGGAGCACUUGACGAUUUCGCACUAUCGAUUCAGUUGGCCAAUAAAGCUAUUGAUCUGUACAAGGCCGGCGAUGCAAAAUACGCGCAUUUAACCGAAGCCGACAUCCAGAAAGUAUCCGAAGCAACGCAGAACGCGCUGAACUGGCUGGAGAAGACGCGCCAGACCAUCGCGCACACGCCGCGCCACCAGCCGCCUCCCACCACCACGCACCAGAUCCGUACCGAGAGACAGAACUUUGAGACAUCAGUUAACCCAAUUCUGAACAAGCCGAAACCUAAAGAGAAGACGCCGCCGCCGGCCACCAACCAGACGGCAGGUGACGGCGCGGCCAGCGACCAGCCGCAGGAGCAGAUGGACGUGGAAUGAGCGCCGCGCCACCACUCUCUCCCAUCGCAUGCACUCUCUUCUUGACAAUAGUUUGUCUUGCUCAUACCGCACGGUGUGGCAACACAUUACACAACUGCCGAACAUCCACUCCUUUAAACUAAGUUCGAUUCUCGUGAUCACAUCUCGUCAGUAAAACCGGGUCUCUAUUUCAAGUGAUAUCUCAUCAAAACAACUUGCUGAAGUCGACGAAAGCAGUUGAUCACGUAUCAUUAUUCAAAGUAGAACUCAUGGUCAAAUAGAACUAGUUUGAACCAAUUUUUAUACACUUCAUGGUACAUAGUUUUUUGAAAUAUGUAUUUGUACACCAUUUGUUUAUUAUUAAUGCGUGGGAGCCGCGUGUUGCUCAUAUUCGGACGAGUAUGGUAUAUAGUUAAUAUUUAUUUUAAUUCAAAUGUGACAAUGCGACCGAUCAAGUCCCUCGUAACUUAUAAUUAGUGUCCGACCGAAGGUCUAUUUUUGGCCGAAGCCGAAGCCGAUUAAUCGGCUAUCGCCACAACCUUCGGCCGAAGCCGAAGCCGAAGGUUUAUAUUCUCUCAGCACUCAGUAAUUAAUUUUGUUCAAUAUUGUCUACAAGCUACGGUCGCUCGGACCUUCGGCGAAACCUUCGGCUUCGGUCGGGUUUUGGGCCGAAGCCGAAAGUUUCGCCGAAGGUGGAUUUUUUGGCCGAAGGUGGCCGAAGCCGAAGCCGAAGCUUCGGUCGGACACUACUUAUAAUUCAGCAUUAUUGUUUUAUAGUCCGGUCACUCGAUUUCGCAUUUCUUAAUUGACAUAAUUCGAUGUAUUAAUUUAUACUUACAUAUUUUUGUUUUGAUUUGUACACAAAGUGCAUUUUACUGCUACUGGCAGAUUUCCUUCAUUGUGAUGUGAUAAAAUAAUGAAUUUAGUCACUGAAUAAAUUAAUUAGAAAAUUUAAAUACUACUUACAAAAUACUACUUAGAUAGUGCUUAUUUCUUUUUUUUUUUACUUAAUAUAUCAAUUUAUAUUUAUUUCCUGUUCUACUCCCACGAUAUAUACUAAGCACCAUAGUCCUCAGUUUACAAAUAAUUGAGAAUAGUCAAGAUUGAAUAAAAAAUGAGACAAGUCAUUGUCAUGUUUUUAUUGUACGUUCAUCUUUGAAGAUUCGCCUUCAGAAAUACCAAUAUUUAUUAAAGAAACUAAAUUUUAUCAGUAAUUCACUAUUACCAUUCCACAUUUUCUAAGUAUAAACACUUUCUAAGAAAAAUAAUACAAACAUUUAAUUUGUAAAACUUUCGGAAUACAUAUAAAACCACAAUAAUAUUUGUAUUCUAGUGAAAUAAAGAGGAACAUAAGUUUAUGUAAAAGUGCAAAGUUGUAUGUGUAAGUUUAUUUGUUUUCUUAAUUAGCACUAGCUUGAGUGCAUAUUUAAUUUGUGCUGUCAGAAAACUAAUAACUAAAACUAACUAUUGAUUUUAAUAUCAUUCACUUUAUAUUUACAUAUGGCCGUAGCUUAUUUUUUCAGUUAUAACUUGUCCUAUUUCCCAGUCAGAUAAAGAAUUUAAUUUCCGCAUUGAGGAGAGUUCAUAACUUAUAUGUAUCGAAACCUAUAUGUAUCGAAUGGAUUGCAAAUCUGUACUGUAUUCCAUAAAUUACUACCGUAUUAAGUUUGCCUGUUUGGCCUAUAAAUUGUACAUUUACAAAUAAAUGGUGGAACCAUUACUAUGUUAUUGUGCAUUUCUAAUGUUAAAGGCUUAGUAAAUUAAUGAUUUAACUUC